AUGGCCUGGGGUUACUGGAGUGCAACGGCGGUCGAUCGUGGCCGAUCGCCACGGCGUAACACGCAGCUACCGCAGAACCAUGCCCUCUCGCUCAACACCUGUCCGCAGUCGGUCGAGCUGCCAGCGCCCCUGGCGCAACAGCAGCUCAUCUGCACCAACGGCUCCCAGUCUCAGUUGCACCAGCAGCAGCAGCACCAGCAACAACAGCAGCAAAUGUGCUCGAGCCCGUGUCACAGUCCGUGCCACAGUCCGCAGUUCAUCGAGCAGCUCCCGCCCGAACUGCCCUGCACGCCCUGUACCUUCUCGCGUAGACAGUCACUUGAUAGUCCACAGGCGAACCAGCUCUCGGAUAUCAUCUGCCGGGCGACGCAACCCUCGAUCCAGUCGGCGGGCAACACGUUGACGCGCGGCGCGUCCCUCCGCGACACCGGCGACUACGCGGUACCUCAUCCUCACCCGCACACGCACCACUACAUGUCUACGUCGGCAACGCCGCCCUCGCUGAGCCGCGUCGGGUCGUGUCCGGGGUCGACCGGUGGGUCCGGUUCCGGGCACGGGUCCGGUUCGGGCUCCAGUCCGGGCGGAGGCCCCGGGAGUGGCGGCGGGGGCAGUGGCAGCGUCGGCGGCAGCGGGAUGGUGGGUGGGGUGGGUUUCUGCGGGGGCAGCAUACUGGGCGGGAGCCAGGGGCGGCUCGAGUACAUCGAGUGUUCGCACUACGACCGGAUGCCGCUCCCGAUUCCGGUCCAGAUCCCGAUCGUGCCGCCGCCCCAGCUCCACUCGGAGGACGAAAUCGAACCGGCCUACGCGACAGUAUUUCCAAAUGUGCCGUCUGCUCCGGGAUUGUCCUGCGUCGGUGAAGACCGUAGCAUUUACCGAAGGGGCGCCCGACGAUGGCGCAAGCUGUACCGGAUAAACGGACACAUUUUCCAAGCGAAGAGAUUCAAUCGAAAAGCCUUCUGCGCCUUUUGCCACGACCGCAUCUGGGGUCUCGGCCGGCAGGGAUUCAAGUGCAUUCAGUGCAAGCUGUUGGUGCACAAAAAGUGCCACAAGCUUGGCAAUAAACCGUGCAGCAACGAGCAUGUCGAACCGGUCUUCAAGGAGCGCGAUGUAAGUAUUGACCCACCCCUCGGGGCUCGGGACUAUCCGCCCGAGUUGCACUCCAGCGACCAGGUACCGGUCGAGGUGAACGAUAAUGUGGAGGAACCGCUAGAGCCUGUCACCCAGCGGCAGUACUCGCUGAAUGAUUUCGAGUUGAUCCGUGUUAUUGGCCGCGGAAGCUACGCCAAGGUGUUGAUGGUGGAACUGAGGACAACACGGCGCAUCUACGCAAUGAAGGUGAUCAAGAAGGCGCUCGUCACCGACGACGAGGACAUCGAUUGGGUGCAGACGGAGAAGCAUGUGUUCGAGACGGCCUCGAACCACCCGUUCCUGGUGGGUUUGCAUUCGUGCUUCCAGACACCGUCACGGUUGUUCUUCGUGAUCGAGUUCGUGCGCGGUGGUGAUCUGAUGUUCCACAUGCAGCGCCAGCGCCGCCUGCCGGAGGAACACGCGCGGUUUUACGCGGCCGAAAUCAGUCUGGCACUGAACUUCCUGCACGAGAAGGGCAUCAUCUAUCGGGAUCUGAAGCUGGACAACGUGCUGCUCGAUCACGAGGGCCACAUCAAGCUGACCGAUUACGGGAUGUGCAAGGAGGGCAUCAGACCCGGCGACACGACGUCCACGUUCUGCGGUACACCGAAUUACAUCGCGCCGGAGAUACUGCGUGGGGAAGACUACGGGUUCUCCGUCGACUGGUGGGCACUGGGAGUGUUGCUGUACGAGAUGUUGGCCGGCCGCAGUCCGUUCGAUAUUGCCGGUGCUUCCGAGAAUCCGGAUCAGAACACGGAAGACUAUCUGUUCCAGGUGAUACUGGAGAAAACGAUCCGUAUUCCGCGGUCGCUCAGUGUGAAGGCCGCCUCCGUGCUGAAAGGUUUCCUGAACAAGAAUCCGGCCGACCGUUUGGGCUGCAAUCGCGAUUCGGCCUUCAUGGACAUCGUGAACCACUCGUUCUUCAAGACCAUCGACUGGGAGAUGCUUGAGCAAAAGCAGAUUACGCCUCCGUUCCGGCCGCGGCUCGACUCCGAUCGUGAUCUGGCCAACUUCCCGGUUGAGUUCACCGACGAACCGGUACAUCUGACGCCGGAUGAUGACCGCGUCAUCGAUAAGAUCGAUCAGUCCGAGUUUGAGGGAUUCGAGUACGUGAACCCGUUGCUGAUGUCGUUGGAGGACUGCGUUUGACAUCACGCAUCUUGCGAGUUGCAUCCAUACAACAUGCAGUUAUACGGUGACGAUUCUAGCGAUUACGAUUCCGUUGUGGAUGAGCUAAGUAUCCUUCAAUUACCUCCGCCACCAUCCAAGAGUCUGCUGCAGCACAUGUUUUGCCUUCCACUGAACUAGCCGCAACCGUCGUCGGCGAGCCGCCGCCAGCCGAGUGAUGGCAGAUAGCGACACACCCGUAGCGAUAAGAGAUAGAGUGUGGACUUUGGUGUUUCUGUUUGGGUUCUAUUUCUACUGCGCGUCAUUAUUUGAUUUCAAUUUUGUUAAAUUUGUUAGAGAAUUCCACAAUUUAUCCGUAACACACCUGAAAGCCUUUCUCGGGCGCAUUUCGCGACAGCUCUUCUGGAUCUGUUUUUUUGUUUGUCCGCUUCCAAAUUGAGCACAAAACUAUGACAGCCUGUUUCAUUCGUCCGCAGCAUCAAUCAUCACUCUACAAUUGUAGUAUCUUCUUAGCUAGCCAUAAGAGCGCGGAGCGAGAGAAAGAGAGAGAGACGCAAAUCUAAGCAUAUUAAUAUCCGGCUCACAGACAGACAAGUUUGUGCGCCUCUGCUGCAUUUAGAUGCGACACAGGACAUCAACUAGAAGAGGUUAAUAAUGGUACUUGACACAUUUCACGUCGUGAACUUAUAUCUUUAUACAAACAAAAACAAAAAUCACGGAAAAGAGUUUCAGGAUAUGAAAAUCAAACCGCUCUCCAAACCCCCCGUAGAAAAGUAAGUGAUGAACUCUGCUACAGAACACAAAACAAAUCCAGGAACGAAGUAAAACGGAUCUUGGGAUGAUUGACUAGCUAUGCUAAGGCGAUGAAACAAUUCGUUUGAUCCUCCCGGGGGAAAGACGUGAAACACGUGCGAAAAGGUUCGGAAGAGAACCCUCUUCUGCUGCCUGAGGCGAAUCCGGGCUCCAAGAAGCAUGGGGCGGCGAAACAGUUGAACAUACCUUAUACUAAAGCAAAACAUAGUUAAAUAGUAAAUCAAGAAGCAAAAGUUACAAAAAAUUACAAAGUUACACACAAUUGCACAGCAUCGUUAACAAAGUAGUAGAAGGAAUGGCGCAAAACACGGGCGGCCGCUUAUUGGUUGGCCUAUGCGCAGAGCCGGGGCGGGUUGAUGAAGUGGUGGGACUGGAGCUGCUGGAGAACAAACUAGAUGGCGCGAUGGCCCUAACCGGGAUGAAAUCGUACGAGAACAGUCUACAUAGAACAGUUGGAUGGACAGAGUAAUCGGGGGGAGAGCUACACAUGUUUAGGUAUCAAAUUUACUAUUAAUAAUUAACAAAGCCGACAUGAAAGAGAAGAAUGGUUUAGUAUGGAAAAAAGAAAGUAAUGAAAUUGAAAUUAAAACAGAAAAACACAGUUCAUGCUAUGGGAGUGAAAGAAAACCCCGCGAAGAAGGAGGUGUGUGUUGUGGUGGCGCGCGCGUUGAUGGGUGAAUGUUUUUAGCAUUUUAAAUAUUUUAGAAAAGAAAAAACAAAAAAACUAACAAGAAAUCAAAGAGAUAAAAUCAUCACAUACCGAACAGCGAAGCGAGGCCAGCAGACGGCAGCGGGAUCGAAGGCAAAAUGUAGAAUAACGAUCAAAAUCAUACAGACUGCGGCAUUAUUGGGGUUGGUUGUGUGUCCGCGCGCGCGCUGUCCGCGUAUACAGCGAGCGUCGUCUGUUGUAGCUGACAGUUUUUGUACAUGAGUUCAGGAAAUACUAUAGACAAACAUAUGACAAACGAGUAAUUGAAGGAAACAAAAUAAAAAACAACAAAACUUUAGGAACGCACACCGCAAAAGAAAACAUAAUUAUGCAAAAACAAGUAAAAUCACACACAAACCAACCGCUCCUGAUCGAUUGAAUGAGGAAGUGAGCCUACACGUUCUGGAGGCCCACUAGCCGCGAGACAGCACUGAAGCCGAGACAGAAACUGUUGUGGGCAGAUGUUGUUGUUUUCUAUGUCCAACCGUUUACUGUUCGUUCUGUUCAUCCCGAACCGUUUGAUUGUUACUAAUCGGUUGUUUAAGAUCAUGUUAAAGUUGGGUUGUUUCUUUUGAAUACGAGAUCUUUAACGCUUGGUACGAAUUAUCAACGACAUUCCUGUACCCGAAGGGGUACCAUAAGUUACACAUUCCACAAGACGACCGACCUGAUUGCAAAGAAAGACAUUUUUGAGAGGAAAACAAACGAAUGUAUUACCCCCAGCAUAUUAUUCCGUUAUAGCGUGCAUAACCGUGUGUGGCUUGCACAGCAAGGGAAGGCAGAAGAAAUCUGACGAACGACGCCUAUGAUUUGUAUUAUGAUCAGUUUGGUCUUAGAGUUUAAAACGAUGGUAUUUACGGCAGAUACUUUUUGAUUUGACAUCAAUCGUAGUUUAUAUAACCCUUACCCAUCCAUGUUCAUCAUCGAAUCUGUUUUACAUGGCGCAUUUGGUGAAACUCUUUUUUCGAUAGAAACGGAUUUCUUUAGUUGUGUUUUCCGUGCGUGACAGGAUUCCAGGAUUUCUUAAGGAGAAGUAUUCCAGUAACAAGUAUUUUAGCUUUUACGGUUUACACUAACGCAGCACUUUAUCACUGUCCGUUUUUAUAUCAUUACAUUUAUUGCCUUCUUGUGACGGUUUAUACAUUAUUUUAUUUCAUUAUAAUACAUCUGCCGCCCCGUCGUUCCUCGUGCGCUUAGAGAGAGAUUCUUUUCCUUGUUCGUUACAAUAGCAAAGUGCUGAAGCUACGAUUAAAUUAUAAAUGAAGAAACAGCACGUUGGUACGGUACGGCAACUCUUGGAAAUACACUGAGAAAGAGGGACGAAAGGCAUAAACAAUACAGGGGGAAAUGAGAACCGGACAGAGUUGCUGAAAAUUGAAAUUAUUUCAAAUAAAAAAUAA